CCGGGCCCCGCGGCGUUGCGCUGGCGUGCCCGCCUUGCUUCCCUGCCGCUCAUCGGCACAGGUGUGCCAUCGGUCGCUUCCCGAAGGAAGAUCCCGUCCUCGGCCUGCUUCUAGUGGAAACGGAAACGGGUUGGUUGCCUCCUGCCCGAACGGGCCCUGUGGCGACAGGAGCAUCAUCCAAGGUGCUCUUGGGAUGCUCCUGCCAGAUGAAAUGAAGUAGGUGGCACAAGAGAGAUGGUCUGAAGUUGUGCGCUCUGUGUAUGGAACACCUUCUCCACAGUGGCUCACCUAGCACACACAUUUGUAUCUUUUCAGAACCAUAUUUCUGAGAACAGCCUUAGCCAUGGCCACAGGAGGGAAGGGCGGCCACUCCAGCGGUGCUCUCUACACCAACCGCUUGAUUCACGAGAAGUCUCCUUACCUCCUCCAGCAUGCCCACAAUCCCGUCGACUGGUACCCAUGGGGCCAGGAAGCCUUUGAUAAGGCAAGGAGAGAGGAUAAACUGAUAUUUCUAUCAGUGGGCUAUUCGACCUGCCAUUGGUGCCAUGUGAUGGAGCAGGAAUCCUUCCAGAAUGAAGAAAUCGGUCAGAUCCUGAAUGACAACUUUGUCUGCAUCAAGGUGGAUCGUGAGGAGCGGCCAGAUGUUGACAAAGUUUACAUGACUUUUGUCCAGGCGACCAGCAGUGGAGGCGGCUGGCCAAUGAGCGUGUGGCUGACCCCUGAUCUCAAGCCAUUUGUAGGUGGGACCUAUUUCCCCCCAGAGGAUGGGAUUUACCAAGUUGGAUUUCGGACCGUUCUACUCCGCAUCCUAGAGCAGUGGAAACGGAAUAAAACGGGUCUUUUGGAAAACAGCGAGAAAAUCUUGUCUGCAUUGUUAGCCAGGACGGAUGUUGGUGCUCGAGGGGAAGAAGCCCCUCCAUCUUCAAAGGAGGUGAUGAGCAGGUGUUUCCAGCAGUUGUCAGAGUCUUAUGAUGAAGAAUAUGGUGGAUUCUCUGAGUCUCCCAAAUUCCCUACUCCAGUCAAUCUCAGUUUCCUCUUCUCCUACUGGGCUCUUCAUCGCUCAGCACCUGAAGGAGUUCGAGCACUUCAGAUGGCACUACAUACCCUCAAGAUGAUGGCAUACGGUGGGAUUCACGAUCAUAUUGCCCAGGGGUUCCAUCGCUACUCCACAGACCAGCGCUGGCAUGUCCCUCACUUUGAAAAGAUGCUGUAUGAUCAAGGGCAGCUGGCGGCCGCCUACGCCAAGGCCUAUCAGAUUUCUGGCGAUGAAUUAUUUGCCGACGUUGCGGCAGACCUUCUGUGCUAUGUCUCCCGGGACCUGAGUGACAAGUCUGGGGGGUUUUACAGUGCAGAGGAUGCAGAUUCCUACCCCACUGUCCAGUCAGAAGAGAAGCAAGAAGGGGCGUUCUGUGUGUGGACCGCUGAGGAGAUCCGGUGGCUCCUGCCAGACCCCAUUGAAGGGAUUCCAGAGAAAAAGACCAUGGCAGAUGUCUUCAUGCAUCACUUCGGCGUUAAGGAGGGUGGCAAUGUGAAUCCACUGAAGGACCCUCACAAUGAGCUAAAGGGGAAAAACGUCCUGAUCGUGCAGUAUUCCCUGGAACUCACAGCUGCCCGGUUUGGGCUGGAGCUGGAACAGCUGAAGACGCUGCUCAUUAAGAGCAGGGAGCGACUGUAUAAGGCACGGGCCCUGCGGCCCCGGCCUCACCUGGACUCCAAGAUGCUGGCCUCCUGGAACGGCCUGAUGAUCUCCGGCUUUGCCCAGAGCGGAGCCAUCUUGGGCAGGGAGGAGUACGUUGAGCGGGCUGCAUGCGCGGCUCACUUCCUGCGGAACCACAUGUUCAAUGCCGACAGCGGGAAGCUGCUCAGGAGUUGCUACCGGGGCCAAGGCGACUCCGUGGAAAAGAGUUCAGUCCCCGUCCAGGGUUUCCUUGAGGAUUAUGUCUUCGUGAUCCAAGCACUCUUCGAUCUUUAUGAGGCCUCGCUGGAUUCGAGCUGGUUGGAGUGGGCUGUGCAGCUGCAGCACAAGCAGGACGAACUCUUCUGGGACCCAAAGGGCUUUGCCUACUUCUCCACGGUGGCUGCCGACCCUUCCUUGCUUCUGCGCAUGAAGGAUGAUCAAGAUGGUGCCGAGCCCAGUCCCAACUCCGUGGCUGCCACUAAUUUGCUCCGGGCGGCCAGCUACACCGGCCACAAGGAAUGGGUGAAGAAGGCUGGGCAGCUGUUGGCUGCCUUCUCAGAGAGGCUGCUGAAGAUCCCCGUGGUUCUCCCAGAGAUGGCCCGAGCCACUGCAGCCUUCCACCUGACACUCAAGCAGGUUGUUAUCUGUGGUGAUCCCACAGGAGAAGACACCAGAGAGCUGCUGCACUGUUACUAUUCUACCUACACACCUCACAGGGUGCUGAUUCUUGCUGAUGGGGAUACAACCGGAUUCUUGUACCGUCACCUGGGCUUCCUCUCCUCUCUGGAGAAGAAAGAUGGAAAAGCCACUGCUUAUCUGUGUGAAAACUUUGCCUGCUCUUUGCCUGUCACCUCCAGCCAGGACCUCCGCCGCUUGCUGUUGCCCUGAGCUGUCAUCCAUGGUAGCUGUCGCAUCUCAAUGGACAUGAGACGAGAGAGCCCAGAAUUUAACCAGACAGUGCUAGCUGCUUGGACAUCACAAUAAAGUUGCCUUCAGAAUA